GUGCGUUAUCGUUGGCAGAAGCAGCAAGGAAAAAGGCUUUCUAUUUCAAUUUGUACAAUGAACUUCAGGGAUCGUGGAUUUUGAUGCAGUCGAAAGUGUCUAUUUCUUCUGGAGACCUUAUUGGUCUUUCAGAGCAACGUAUGUUCAAUGUGACCAAAAGCGAUAUCCCCAGCGAAUUGGUGCUUGCAGAGAUUGAUCUCCCCACCCGGGAAGAAAAGCGCAAGCCUUACCAACUGUUGGUUUCUACCUCCGACAACUUUACGGCGGAUGUGAAUCUUUUUGAGCCUGGAGCGGACGAGGAGGUGAAAAAGCAGCUUUCUAUCAAAUUUGACCAGUUCAUUAAGGAUGAAUUCUUUUACACUUCAGGUGCCCUUGAGCGAAUUCCUAACGCAUACUACGAGCUGUCUCUGCUUCCUGGAAAGAUGCUGAAAUUCCAGGUUGAUUUAAAGGAUUCGGAUGAGCGAGUGAUUCUGAUGGGAAAGAAGAUUAUUGUUGCCAAGCCCAAGACGUUCUUCCAGAAGUACGGAACGUACUUUGCUGUUGGUCUCGCUAUGGUCAUUCAGCUGAUAACGACGCGUAUGAAUCAGAACGCUUACGGAUUUUAGAGUAUUAGUUCAUUGUCUUUUUU